GAAAGCAUGUUGAGGAGCAGCAAGAAACCGCUGUUCUUCUCCGCCAUUUUAGUUUUUUCAUGUUUAAACUAUUUUACAGCAAAUCACAAAACAAAAGAAAAUGAUCAUCUUGAGCUUUCGUCAAGAGUCGAAGAUGAAAAUGGUUCUGAUAGAGUUUCUGAUAAUGAACAAGAUACAAUAGUGAACCCUGUUCAAGAUACAAUAGUGAACCCUGUUCAAGAUACAAUAGUGAACCCUGUUCAAGAUAUAAUAGUGAACCCUGUUCAAAUUACAUUAGUGAACUCUGUUCAAGAUACAAUAGUAAACCCUGUACAAGAUACAAUAGUGAACCCUGUUCAAGAUACAAUUGUGAACCCUGUUCAAGAUACAAUAGUGAACCCUGUUCAAGAUAGAAUUGUGAACCCUGUUCAAGAUACAAUAGUGAACCUUGUUCAAGAUACAAUUCCUGUUUUGGACCCUACCACGACCCAGGUUCAUAGCUGUGUCUCCAGAGUAAGGAAUAUACAGAAGGAGCUCAACAACCUUCACAUCAACCGGACCUGUAGUAUCCUGAAUCCAGAAGUAUGUCAGGAUAGGUUUGAACUAGAAGAUAAACUCUACUCAGACGAAUCAGUUAAACUUAGAGCUCAGAGUUGCAUGGACAUAAUACCUAUAGAAGUCCUUGAAGAUGGCACUAAUGUUGAUGAUUCUGAGGGUCCAGAUACAAUUGCAUUUGCAAUUCAGGUUUACAGUGAUCCUAGACAGUUUGAACUAUUGCUGAGUACUAUCUAUAAACCCUACCAUACCUACUGUAUACAUCUAGAUCCUACAGCCGAAGACGGGGUAAAAGAUAUUGUGAAUUUAUUAGUAAACUGCUACAACAAUAGAUUUGGAAAAAAUAAUAUUUUUGUCUUAAAAAACUCAAUUCCUAUCUACUGGGCACAUUUCUCAGUACUAGAGGCUGAUCUGAAAUGCAUGGAAGAACUUUUAAGAAGACCUGGAUGGAUGUAUUUUAUGAACUUAGCUGGAUCUGAACUCCCUAGACAAUCAAUAAAACAAUUUACCAGACUCUCCAAUCCACAGUUUCCGUACAUGAGCUCAAUUAAGAUGACUGAUAAAAUAUACUACAGAAAACUUAAACACAGAUGGGAGCUAGUGAGACCGAAUUAUAAUCCUGACAAAGCUAAGGAUGAAACUCCAAUUAGUAAAACCAAGAUUCUCAGGAAAGAGCCUCCUUUUAAUCUAACCAUUUUCAAAGGGUUGCGUACCGUAGUUAUGGCUAGAAAUUGGACAAGUUUUUUCAUAAAUCACCCUGUAGCAAAAUCAUUUAUAGAUUGGAGCAGGGAUUCCAAUAUGCCGGAAGAGUAUGUUUUCCAAACCCUGGGUAGAAUUACUAGACUCCAUUUUGAGAGAAACAAGUGGACAGUUGAACAGAAUAUUGAUAUUAGACUUAAUUCUGAUGUCAGACUUACUCUUUGGAAUUAUCAGAAAACGGUGAAAUGUCAUGGAGUUUGGAGGAAUUGGAUUUGUGUUUUAACCCUGGAGGAUUUGCCGUUUAUCCUGGACACAAAACGGUAUCAAGGGAUGAUAAUGAACAAGUUUAAAACCGAGGUAGAUCGGUAUGUUGCCCCUUGUCUUGCUGAAAUUAUUAGAAAAGAAAAUUUAUGAUUACUGAAUUAUAAAACAAAUGUAUUUUUUAUUGUAAACAAUAUACUUGUACA